UAUGCCUAAAGCCCUAUCCGAGGUUGGCCAAACAUUACAACCCAUCACUAGCCGGUUUGCAUACUUCUAACCAAAUAAAAUCCUCAAUGUUAAAGACAAGUUAUAGAUUACAAAAGUUUAAUUAUACAUCUAAAAUCUGUUUUUAAUUUUUGCAGGUAUCAGUGUAUGCACCAUAGCUCUACCUAUCUUCAUUUUCCUUAUCUAUUGGGGAAUUAAGAAAAGACAGCUCAUGAGAUUCUUUAAACAAAAUGGAGGUAUGUUAUUACAGCAACAGAUAGCUUCGUAUAAAGGGGUCCAAGAUAUUGCCAAGAUUUUUACCAUAAAAGAGCUAAAGAGGGCAACCCAGAACUUCCAUAAGAGUCAAAUACUCGGACAAGGAGGGUUUGGUACAGUUUAUAAGGGAAUCCUAUCCGGUGGGAAAGUUGUUGCCGUUAAGAAAUCCAAAAUUAUGGACAAAGCCCAGAUUAUACAGUUUAUAAAUGAGGUUGAUAUCCUCUCUCAAGUCAAUCACAGGCACGUGGUGAAGCUCUUGGGUUGUUGCCUAGAGACAGAGGUACCUUUGUUAGUUUAUGAAUUCGUCUCCAAUGGAACCCUCUACCAACAUAUCCAUAGCGAGAAUAAAGCAGCUAUUCUUUCAUGGGAAAAUCGUUUAAGAAUUUCUGCAGAAUCAGCCGAUGCCCUGGCCUAUUUGCACUCUUCUCAUUCAAUUCCUAUCUUUCAUAGGGAUGUCAAGUCUUCGAAUAUACUACUGGAUGAUAAAUACAAUGCUAAAGUAUCUGAUUUUGGAGCUUCAAGAUUGGUUCCUCUAGAUCAAACUCAAAAGACAACAUUAAUUCAAGGGACUCAUGGGUACAUAGACCCGGAAUGUCUUCCUACAGGGCAACUAACUGAUAAAAGCGAUGUUUAUAGUUUUGGAGUUGUUCUAGCGGAGCUUUUGACUGGGAAAAAUCCAGUUUUUAUAGAUGAAUCUGGGGAACGGAAAGCCCUUGCAUGGUACUUUGUAUCUUCAAUGAAAGAUGGGAAUCUUUUUCGGAUUCUUGCUGACGGAAUAGUGGACAACGAUGGGAACAGACAACAAUUAUUGGUAGUUGCUGAGAUUGCAAGAAACUGCCUAGAGGAUAGAAGGGAAGAUAGGCCUACAAUGAAGGAAGUUGCAAGGGAUCUUGAUACUUUGAAAAUGAUGUAUCAGGAACCAUCAUCACAACAAAUUCAGGAGGAGACUGAUUUUUCUCUAGGUGGACUAUCGGCGAGCUCUAUGGAUCGAACUCAUGAAAUAGAUAGCUGGUAAU